AUGACAAGGUCGGGACGGAAGUGCGUUUAUAGGGCGCAGCUGUUGACCCUGGGGUCACCGAACACACCCAGCCCCAUACGUCUCCGACUGACCAGGGUUUCAAGGAGGAGGCAAGGUCAGCUAGACAAUCCAGAAGACGUAACGCCCAAGAGCAAGAAAAAGGCAAAGAAUGCAAAGGUAACCAAAGCUCAAGAGCUUGUUCAGAAAGCAAAGGCACAGAAGAGCGGUAAAGCAAAAACAAAACCAGAGAAGCUUCGGCAACCCAAAGUGACCAGACCCAAGAGGCAAGCAGCAAAGCCAAAGAGCCCAGAAGUUGUGGAAAUAACAGAGGAAACAGCAAGAAAAGGGACAGCCAAAGAAGAGGCUUUGAAACGGAAGAAAGCAGUGGAGACUGCCAAGAAAGAGGCACCCAAGGUUGGAAAAGACGGCAAGCCACUACGCUCAUUUCUUGAUGUGCUGGGAAAGAAGAAAGUUGCUUCCCCUAAGAAAGCAGUGGGUUCUCCAAGAAAGGUGGCUGCAAUUUUCAGCACAUUUGGUAAGAAUGUCACAAAGAGUGGAAGAUCCAGUCCUCUUACCAUCCUGGAUGAAGACAGCAGAGGGUCGGGGUCUGAGAGCUCCAUGGAUGAGGCCACUUUUGCAGCACGCAGGAAUUUCUUGAUGAGUGGUAUUCCAGACAGACUUAGGAAACAGAUCACGGUCAGUGCGGCUCAGGCCUUAGCCUACGCCUACCCACCCUUCCCAACGGUCAGCCAUGUCCAGCAGAGGGACACGGACAUCCCUGAUGGACAUCUGGAUUUCUGGAACUUACCGCAACCCAAAGAAGGAAGCAUUCCAACAGUGGAACUCCAGAGCGAUUGGAAUUUUGAAGGCAAGGUUCGGAAGGAUGGUCUGCAUCUAGGAGCAGUUACAACAUGUGCAUACAAAGAUAUACUGCAGAAAGAGCCUAGAACCCCAGUCCCUCCCCUACCCCAUGCUGUGUGUAAGAGUCUGGUGGCAGACAUAGGCACCUGCUGUCCUGGGGUGCCUGUCAGGAGAGUCUACAAGCGGUACAGGUCCAGAUACAUGGAACACCAAGGUCACGAGCAUCAGAAACAAGAUCCCUCACAAACUACUGUCAGUCAACCAGUGACAAGCACUGAGCCGCCAGCUGUGCAAGACAAGAAAAGCAACAAGAGGAAGCUUUCAGAGGUCACAGAAGGUCAAGAUCACAAUAGCAAGAAGAGGAAAACCACAGAGGAAGACUCUGAAGGUCAAAGGAACAGCCCAGAAGGUCAGGAGUCAAGAAAACGGGGGCGACUGAGUAGGAAAUCCAAGAUGGCCGACAGAAGUAAAGGUCAAGAGUCGAACACACUCCAACCAUCAGAUGGGGAGGGGGGCAGAAGAAGAAGUGGUCGAACGAAGAGAAAUGCUAGCCCAAGUGAAGAGAAGGAAGAACCAAGGAGGAGUAGUAGAAGGGCCUCAAAGAAACAGGAAGAGGAAAAGAAAGAAGACAGUGAAGAGGAAGUAAAAGUUGUAGAAGAGGCACCAACAGAAAGUGGUGACACAAACCAAGAUGGCAUCCAGGAUUCACUGUGGACGGACAAGUACCAACCCAGAAGUUCCUCAGAAGUUAUCGGGAACACGGGUGCCAUGAAGAAACUCAGGGGCUGGCUACACGACUGGAAGAUCAGAGCAGACAAGGAGAUGAGACGGAUGAUGAAAGAAAUGAAGAAACAAAAGAAAGCACAGAAAAAUGCAGCCAAGAAGUCCGGUUCUCAGGGAUCAGGUGACUGGUGGGAUGAUGAUGACAGUGACUUUGACAUCAGCGAUGACGGAGACAGUGACUACAAUGAGGAGGAGGAGGAGGAUGGUCUCUGUAACACCAUGCUGGUUCUGGGGCCAACGGGCAUCGGGAAGACUUCAGCUGUGUACGCCUGUGCCCAGGAACUAGGAUACAAGGUGUUUGAGGUGAAUGCAGCGUCCCUGCGGAGUGGUAAGCAGGUGCUGACACAGCUGCGGGAGGCCACCCAGUCCCACCAGGUGUCCAAACAAGCACAGACGGGCGGGGCAGCAAGCCUCUUCAAAACCUCCCUCACACCACAGAAGGUCAAACCAGGAGUAAACAAGGGUCCUGUGCCUUCCUCCUUUGCCUCCUUCUUCAAGAAGUCAGAGGAUGGUAAGAAGGAAGAAGACAACAAAGGCCCAGCUGGAAACAAGAAAGUUAGAAGGUCACUUGAGCUUGGGCCUUCUUCCGAUGCAAAAGGAAACAAGAAAGAAAAGAAGUCAGAGAAGAGAAGAUCCAGUAAAGGCAGUGGUGACAAGAAGUCAUCAGACAAGCAAACAGAAGCAAAACCAACUGCAACACAGGAACCCACACGGGCAAUGACUUCACUCAUACUGUUUGAAGAGGUGGAUGUAGUGUUUGAAGACGACAAAGGAUUUCUCACAGCCAUCAACUCCCUGAUGACGACCACAAAGAGGCCCAUCAUUCUCACCACCUCAGACACCACCUUUCCUGCCAGGUUUGAAGGAAGAUAUGAAGAGCUGACUUUCAAACAACCUUUGCAGCCUGUUGUAACGUCCCACCUGCAGCUGUUGUGUCUAGCGGAGAACCUCCCCACCAAGCGAGCCGAUGUGGAAGCUACAGUGGCCCUGAGCCGUGGGGACAUACGACACGCCAUGUUGUCCCUGCAGUUCUGGGCUGAGUCAGGAGGGGGCAGGAUUGAGAAGCAGAUGGCUUCAGAUCUCCACAAGGUUGCCACAAACACAGAAAACCCUCCACAACUUGCACAAAUGGAGGAAUCUUCUCAGAGCCAGCCAUGCGACAUUUCUGUCAAACCCGGCGACAAGACCACCAUGGUGCUCGGACCUCUGCCUGAUGAUGAGGAUGCCAUGGAUGCCGAUGGAUUCCUCAGCUGCAGAAAAACAGCUGCAACACUCGGUAACAGGGUGCUGCUGUCUGCUGAUGACACGUGCGACAGCUGUCCAUCAAGCCAGGAGGUUGCUAUAGAAACAGUUGCCAUGGGAACAAGCCCGGAGACAGUAGACGUGCAUUCUCAAUGUAUGGAGAGUGUUCUUGGAAUCCACAAUGUUGCAGGCUGCAAGAAUCAACUUCUUGAAACAUUCAAGACUCAAGGCUCAGACCAAGGAUGUCUUGCUCGACAGAUAAGCUUGACAGCCAGCUGCCAAUGGCAGGGCAGAAACCUCCUGUUCUACAACAUCGAACAACUGCUGCCCCUCCCCGCGACUCCAUGGAUCAGGCCAAAAUGUAACAACCCAGGUGUACUUCAGAACGUACCAUCCCAAGAUGGAGCUAAAGAGAGGGGGAAACAGAGGAUAAGGGAUUCUCUUCUUGAUAGUUCACUGUUUGAUGCAGAGGAUUUGCCAAGUUCUCAACCCAAAGAUGCUACCACAGAAGAUUGCAAGAACUCUCUGCAAAUAGUAACAGAAGGAAGGACUACGAACUGUAGCAUUGAAGUUGAUGAUUCUCAGGGCAGCUCAACAGUUGUAGGAAAAGAAGAAAAUAUCUUCAAAAAGAAGCUCAUUUGCCAAGCACUUGCAUCCUUUUGUGAACUGUCAGAAAACAAGUCAUUCCUAGACUUGUAUGCAUGCAAGUCCUUUGAGAAGGAAGGGUUCUGUAAGAUUGACCAAUCAGCAUGGAGGGCAAAGGUCAAGUCAGGUAUGACUGACAAUGUGAGGAAAAUGGAGGCAUCUGAUUGGAGGACGGCAGAGAUGGAGGCGGAGCUUCGUGCUGCAGUGGAAGUGAUGAGUGUGAGGCGGUGUGCAAGAACAGUAGGAAAGCUAGCAUCAGAAUAUGCACAAGAUUCGGGGAGUAAAGACUUGUGUGAAGAACUGACGUUGCCGGUCGUAGGUGAUGCAGCUAGCUUGAGGACGGUAAACCUACAGGACGAAUCGCAAGCACAGCUCAGUAUGUUCAGCUCAAGGCAUCAGACUGUCCAUGGAGUUGCGUCAGCACUACCUAACCUCACCCAUGGUCAGCACAGGGCCGUCGCACUGGACUAUCUCCCCACCCUACGCUCCAUCUGUCUCACCGAGAAACUCAGGGAAGCUUCCAAACUCAAAAGAAGGUUUCUACACUACCUGAAUAACAAUGGGUUGUCACUUAAACCCUCCGUCCUGAAUGCUCUCUCUCAGGAAUUUUGAAGAUGGGAUCAAGAAGUGAAUGUAAAUUAAGACAUGAGGGUAAGACUAAUGUGAUUGUGCGAAGAUUGUUUUUACUGAUUCUUACUUGUGUAACUUUACCUGUAGCUGUACAAAGAAAGGUACUUGCUUUUGAAUAAACUAAGAUAUGAAUGUCAUCCCUGGUCAUCGGUAGGGCCAUGUUGAUUUGAUUAUAUGGAUGACAUCUUCGC